AUCUUCAAAUAGCACAAAGCCCACUCGGUGAAUUAAGAGCCAUUUUCGAUCUUUUGACUUCUCUUCCGAGUUCUAGAUCUCGAUUCUUCUGUGAGAGAGUGAGAUCCACUUCAAAAUGUGGGAAACAAGAGAGUGUGUUCAAACGAGGAAUUACAUCGAAAACCGUAUCAAACAAAAACGGGUUAUGGGCUAGCGAUGAAUGUUGCGUGGGACCUUGUUAUUAGUGCACCACUAUUGAACACACUUGAUUAAAAGCAAAACAAAGAUUAGAAGAUGCACUCCCCACUUACACUUAGAUUGCCUAGAAUUUAGUAAACUACAAUUAUCAUCAUAAUCAUCAUUAGUGCUGAUUAAUAUUCCAUUAUUCACUAAUUUAUCAUAUCCAUGGCUGCAUUUAUCAAAUAAAGAGAAAAGUACAUUCCCAAGAAUGAGAGUGGUAAAAGAGGAAUCAAGAAUCAAGAAUCAAAAUCUAUACAAAUCUUGAAAGUAGUAAGUAGUAGCAAGUGAUGGAUGAUGAACUGAGGAAAAAGCCCUUUACUUUUUUUGACAAGUCAAUGCAGAAAACUGUAAAGUAGUAACUUGAGAGAAGUAGAAUCAGAGUUAAACCAGAAACAUAUUCCUGAAAAAAUUACUCCUUUCAUCAAAUGAACUGAAAUAAAGCAUAAUGGAUGGAGGGCCCUCUGUUUUAUUUAUUUUUUUCAUGCUUUUAAAACAGUGUUAAUGGGAGAAAUACAAAAGAUCCCUUGUAAUAAUGAACCCGCCGCUCGAGAACCGGAAAAAAAAAAAAAAAAAAGCAUUCUUUAAUCUUUUAUGCACAGAAAAAAAAGGAUUCAAAAGAGACACUCGUAAGUUGGAGACAAAAGUUUGUUCAAACUUUAUUUUGGGAACCUUUCGAUUUUUUUUUGUUAUAAUUAAUUUCAAGAAAUCAUCGAAACACCAAUAAAUACCAGCAGUGUGUGUUCCUUUUUGCAUCAUCACCAUUAUCCAGUUUCAGAUAGGUUAUAGGCAUAGCAAGAAAGAAAUGUCUGCGAACUCGAAAUGCAGGAGCAAUAAGCUGGAAAACAUCGAGGAAGAAAAUGCUGCAGAGUUUUUGCCCGUGACAUGUCCACCGCCAGAAACUCCGACCGAGUCGAUGGAGUUCUUGGCUCGUUCGUGGAGUCUCUCAGCCAUGGAGCUCUCAAAGGCUCUUUGCCACACUAAUGAUGCAAACCAAACUUCCCAUAAGCCGCCAUUAGGCGGCACGGAUGGUGGUCCCGCCUCUCAAACCGACCACGGAACCUCUUUGCUCUCUCAGAAUGAGCCUUUGUUAGCCUCAGAGAGCCCUCCGAUGUCACCUAGAAGUAGUGACGAUGCCAAGGAAAUAUUUGUGCUGCAUCAAGCUUUAAACCCAGAAUUCCUAUCCAAUCAACACUUACCUCGAAACGGGCAGCUAUACAGAAGCAUCAUGAAGAAGAAAACAAUGGGGAGAUGGAUGAAAGAUCAAAAGGAGAGGAAAAAACAGGAGAUUAGAGCUCACAAUGCUCAACUCCACGCAGCGGUGUCGGUCGCCGGAGUGGCUGCAGCCGUGGCCGCCCUUGCCGCCACCUCUUUAUCAUCAUCAUCAUCCUCGCCGGAGAAAUCGGUCAGUAAGCAUAAGAGACACUCGAAAACAUCCUCUGCGAUUGCUUCUGCAGCGGCUCUAGUUGCAUCACACUGCCUGGAAAUUGCGGAGGAUAUGGGAGCGGAUCACGAUCAUAUAUUGGCGGUUGUGAGUUCGGCUAUUAAUGCAAGAACCAACGGGGAUGUUAUGGCACUCACUGCCGGAGCUGCUACAGCUUUAAGAGGGGCCGCGACACUAAGAGCAAGGCUAUAUAAAGAACAUGGAGGUGCAACUAUUGCUCUUACGGAGGAUAAUCUUCGGAAUAGCAAAGAAUCGAACAUCUCACUAACUCUGAAUUUCGUUUCGAAAGGCGGUGAACUUCUCAAACGCACAAGGAAAGGAGAUCUACAUUGGAAGCAAGUCUCAUUCAACAUAAAUUCAAACUGGCAGGUGGUGGCUAAGAUGAAAAGCAAGCAUAUUGGAGGAACAUUCACUAAGAAAAAGAAGUGUGUGGUGAGUGGUGUGUAUAAUGAUAUACCAGAUUGGCCGGCGCGUGAGACAGACGGUAAAGAGAAGAUGGCGUACUUUGCUGUACAAACUUCCGACAGAGUAAUCGAAUUCGAGUGCCGGAACAAAGGGGACAAGGAAUUGUGGGUUGAAGGGAUCCAACAUAUGCUGCAUUUACAUGUCAUUUGAUAUUGGGUUUUUUUUUUUUUUUUUUUUUUUUAAUUAUUCUGAGUGAAGGUAUAAAAAUGGUGGUUCUGUCAACCUAGUUUCCGACAGGAGAAACAGAGCCUUUCGGGCUAAAGAUUCGGGCUUUAUUUGAGCCCGUUAAGAAAUGGGCUGAUAUUUGAAAUUUAAAGCCCAAUUAAAUAUUGCGGGCCGACAAUUAAACAUUUUGAAUU